CACCCCUAGAGAGUGGGACCCGGGGGAUUGUUUUUCUGUUCUUUUCUUUUCUUUUUUUUGGUGCUUAUCAUUCGGGUGGAAAGGAUCUGGACAAAUAUGACUCGCGCGAGGUUCUUUUGUUUCUUCUCCUACCCCAUCCCCUCCUCUCUCUCUCUCUCUCUCUCCCUCACUCGCUCUCUCGGUAUCCCUCUCGCUCUCUCGGCGGCGGACCCGGAGACAAGCUCUUGGGUCGGGGGUGGCCCACAGAACGGUUUCGGAGCCGGGGGCCCUGCGCUGGGCCAACGGUUGGUCAAAGCUCCGAAGGCGAGAGGGAAGGCCUUUUGGCGCGCAGGGGUGGCUUGUGUUGGCUCGCGCGUGACGCCCGGCCCGAGCAGGAAGCUCGACGAACUCGGCCUCGGAGUUUCCCUCUGGCAGGUCAUGUGCGGCUAACAUCCCCACGCCCGCUCUGCCUGCCGGCCCAGAUAGGUAGCCUCUACGCACUGCACACAUCCCAUCUCUGGCGCCGUCCCGUCCGUCUGGUCCCUACAUGGUGCCAUCAUGACUCCCGCCGCCCUCCAUCGUACGAGCUUUGUUUUCGAGCACGAUACCUAUAAUACACGGCAUCCAUGUCCCCGUCCAAUCCAUCUGGAUGGGCACCUAUCGUGCAUGCCCG